AGAAGGGAAAAGUUCUCCUCAGAGACCGGCUUUGGGGAGGGGAGAGGGGAAGGAAGAGUAGCUCCUUCUUCUUCUUCUUCUUUUUUUUUCUUCCAUUCUUAAAAAGCUUCUUUCUCUUCACCCAAGCCUCACUGUCCCUCUCCGGCUCUAGCUCUCUCCAUAUAAACCCUCAAGAUUAUGUCAAUUGGUUAGAGCCAGCCGGGAAUUUCGUGCGGGUGCUGAAGGAGCUGCGGGAGCCGGAGAAGAAUGAAACUGCGUGGAGUCAGCCUGGCUGCCGGCUUGUUCUUACUGGCCCUGAGUCUUUGGGGGCAGCCUGCAGAGGCUGCGGCUUGCUAUGGGUGUUCUCCAGGAUCAAAGUGUGACUGCAGUGGCAUAAAAGGGGAAAAGGGAGAGAGAGGGUUUCCAGGUUUGGAAGGACACCCAGGAUUACCUGGAUUUCCAGGUCCAGAAGGGCCUCCAGGGCCUCGGGGACAAAAGGGUGAUGAUGGAAUUCCAGGGCCACCAGGACCAAAAGGAAUCAGAGGUCCUCCUGGACUUCCUGGAUUUCCAGGGACACCAGGUCUUCCUGGAAUGCCAGGCCAUGAUGGGGCCCCAGGACCUCAAGGUAUUCCUGGAUGCAAUGGAACCAAGGGAGAACGUGGAUUUCCAGGCAGUCCCGGUUUUCCCGGUUUACAGGGUCCUCCAGGACCCCCUGGGAUCCCAGGUAUGAAGGGUGAACCAGGUAGUAUAAUUAUGUCAUCACUGCCAGGACCAAAGGGUAAUCCAGGAUAUCCAGGUCCUCCUGGAAUGCAAGGCCUACCUGGUCCCACUGGUAUACCAGGGCCAAUUGGUCCCUCAGGACCACCAGGUUUGAUGGGCCCUCCUGGUCCACCAGGACUUCCAGGACCAAAGGGGAAUAUGGGCUUAAAUUUCCAGGGACCCAAGGGUGAAAAGGGUGAGCAAGGUCUUCAGGGCCCACCUGGGCCACCUGGGCAGAUCAGUGAACAGAAAAGACCAAUUGAUGUAGAGUUUCAGAAAGGAGAUCAGGGACUUCCUGGUGACCGAGGGCCUCCUGGACCUCCAGGGAUACGUGGUCCUCCAGGUCCCCCAGGUGGUGAGAAAGGUGAGAAGGGUGAGCAAGGAGAGCCAGGCAAAAGAGGUAAACCAGGCAAAGAUGGAGAAAACGGCCAACCAGGAAUUCCUGGUUUGCCUGGUGAUCCUGGUUACCCUGGUGAACCCGGAAGGGAUGGUGAAAAGGGCCAAAAAGGUGACAUUGGCCCACCUGGACCUCCUGGACUUGUAAUUCCUAGACCUGGGACUGGUAUAACUAUAGGAGAAAAAGGAAACAUUGGGUUGCCUGGCUUGCCCGGGGAAAAAGGAGAGCGAGGAUUUCCUGGAAUACAGGGUCCACCUGGCCUUCCUGGACCUCCAGGGGCUGCAGUUGUGGGUCCUCCUGGCCCUCCUGGAUUUCCUGGAGAAAGGGGUCAGAAAGGUGAUGAAGGACCACCUGGAAUUUCCAUUCCUGGACCUCCUGGACUUGAUGGACAGCCUGGGGCUCCUGGGCUUCCAGGGCCUCCUGGCCCUCCUGGACCUCACAUCCCUCCUAGUGAUGAGAUAUGUGAAGCAGGCCCUCCAGGCCCCCCAGGAUCUCCAGGUGAUAAAGGACUCCAAGGAGAACAAGGAAUGAAAGGUGACAAAGGUGACACUUGCUUCAACUGCAUUGGAACUGGUAUUUCAGGGCCUCCAGGUCAACCUGGUUUGCCAGGUCUCCCAGGUCCUCCAGGAUCCCUUGGUUUCCCUGGACAGAAAGGUGAAAAAGGACAAGCUGGUGCAACUGGUUCCAAAGGAUUACCAGGCAUUCCAGGAGCUCCAGGUGCUCCAGGCUUUCCUGGAUCUAAAGGUGAACCUGGUGAUAUCCUCACUUUUCCAGGAAUGAAGGGUGACAAAGGAGAGUUGGGUUCCCCUGGAGCUCCAGGGCUUCCUGGUUUACCUGGCACUCCUGGACAGGAUGGAUUGCCAGGGCUUCCUGGCCCGAAAGGAGAGCCUGGUGGAAUUACUUUUAAGGGUGAAAGAGGUCCCCCUGGGAACCCAGGUUUACCAGGCCUCCCAGGGAAUAUAGGGCCUAUGGGUCCUCCUGGUUUUGGCCCUCCAGGCCCAGUAGGUGAAAAAGGCAUACAAGGUGUGGCAGGAAAUCCAGGCCAGCCAGGAAUACCAGGUCCUAAAGGGGAUCCAGGUCAGACUAUAACCCAGCCAGGGGAGCCUGGCUUGCCUGGUAACCCAGGCAGAGAUGGUGAAGUAGGUCUUCCAGGUGACCCUGGACUCCCAGGGCAACCAGGCUUGCCAGGGAUACCUGGUAGCAAAGGAGAACCAGGUAUCCCUGGAAUUGGGCUUCCUGGACCACCUGGUGCCAAAGGCUUUCCUGGAAUUCCAGGACCUCCAGGAGCACCUGGGACACCUGGAAGAAUUGGUCUAGAAGGCCCUCCUGGGCCACCUGGCUUUCCAGGACCGAAGGGUGAACCAGGAUUUGCAUUACCUGGGCCACCUGGGCCACCAGGACUUCCAGGUUUCAAAGGAACACUUGGUCCAAAAGGUGAUCGUGGUUUCCCAGGACCUCCAGGUCCUCCAGGACGCACUGGCAUAGAUGGGCUCCCUGGACCAAAAGGUGAUGUUGGACCAAAUGGACAACCUGGACCAAUGGGACCUCCUGGGCUGCCAGGAAUAGGUGUUCAGGGACCACCAGGACCACCAGGGAUUCCUGGGCCAAUAGGUCAACCUGGUUUACAUGGAAUACCAGGAGAGAAGGGGGAUCCAGGACCUCCUGGACUUGAUGUUCCAGGACCCCCAGGUGAAAGAGGCAGUCCAGGGAUCCCUGGAGCACCUGGUUCUAUAGGACCUCCAGGAUCACCAGGGCUUCCAGGAAAAGCAGGUGCCUCUGGAUUUCCAGGUGAUGAUGGCUUGCAGGGUCAGCCAGGACUUCCUGGCCCUGCAGGAGAAAAAGGUAGUAAAGGAGAGCCUGGCCUUCCAGGCCCUCCUGGACCAAUGGAUCCAAAUCUUCUGGGCUCAAAAGGAGAGAAGGGGGAACCUGGCUUACCAGGUAUACCUGGAGUUUCAGGGCCAAAAGGUUAUCAGGGCUUGCCUGGAGACCCAGGGCAACCUGGACUGAGUGGACAACCUGGAUUACCAGGACCACCAGGUCCCAAAGGUAACCCUGGUCUCCCUGGACAGCCAGGUCUUAUAGGACCUCCUGGACUUAAAGGAACCAUCGGCGAUAUGGGUUUUCCAGGGCCUCAGGGUGUGGAAGGGCCUCCUGGACCUCCUGGAGUUCCUGGACAGCCUGGCUCCCCAGGAUUACCUGGACAGAAAGGAGACAAAGGUGAUCCUGGUAUUUCAAGCAUUGGUCUUCCAGGUCUUCCUGGUCCAAAGGGUGAGCCUGGUCUGCCUGGAUACCCAGGGAACCCUGGUAUCAAAGGUUCUGUGGGAGAUCCUGGUUUGCCUGGAUUACCAGGAACCCCUGGAGCAAAAGGACAACCAGGCCUUCCUGGAUUCCCAGGAACCCCAGGCCCUCCUGGACCAAAAGGUAUUAGUGGCCCUCCUGGGAACCCUGGCCUUCCAGGAGAAACUGGUCCUGUAGGUGGUGGAGGUCGUCCUGGGCAACCAGGGCCUCCAGGCGAAAAAGGCAAACCUGGUCAAGAUGGUAUUCCUGGACCAGCUGGACAGAAGGGUGAACCAGGUCAACCAGGCUUUGGAAACCCAGGACCCCCUGGACUUCCAGGACUUUCUGGCCAAAAGGGUGAUGGAGGAUUACCUGGAAUUCCAGGAAAUCCUGGCCUUCCAGGUCCAAAGGGCGAACCAGGCUUUCAUGGUUUCCCUGGUAUGCAGGGUCCCCCAGGCCCUCCUGGUUCUCCGGGUCCAGCUCUGGAAGGACCUAAAGGCAACCCUGGGCCCCAAGGUCCUCCUGGGAGACCAGGUCCUACAGGUUUUCAAGGUCUACCAGGUCCGGAAGGUCCCCCAGGUCUCCCUGGAAAUGGAGGUAUUAAAGGAGAGAAGGGAAACCCAGGCCAACCUGGGCUACCUGGCUUGCCUGGUUUGAAAGGAGAUCAAGGACCACCAGGACUCCAGGGUAAUCCUGGUCGGCCAGGUCUCAAUGGAAUGAAAGGAGAUCCUGGUCUCCCUGGUGUUCCAGGAUUCCCAGGCAUGAAAGGACCCAGUGGAAUACCUGGAUCAGCUGGUCCUGAGGGGGAACCGGGACUUACUGGUCCUCCAGGUCCUCCUGGAUUACCUGGUCCUUCAGGACAGAGUAUCAUAAUCAAAGGAGAUGCUGGUCCUCCAGGAAUCCCUGGACAACCUGGGUUAAAAGGUCUACCAGGACCCCAAGGACCUCAAGGUUUACCAGGUCCAACUGGCCCUCCAGGAGAUCCUGGACGCAAUGGACUCCCUGGCUUUGAUGGUGCAGGAGGGCGCAAAGGAGACCCAGGUCUGCCAGGACAGCCAGGUACUCGUGGUUUGGAUGGUCCCCCCGGGCCAGAUGGAUUGCAAGGUCCCCCAGGUCCCCCUGGAACCUCCUCUAUUGCACAUGGAUUUCUUAUUACACGCCACAGCCAGACAACGGAUGCACCACAAUGCCCGCAGGGAACACUUCAGAUCUAUGAAGGCUUUUCUCUCCUGUAUGUACAAGGAAAUAAAAGAGCCCAUGGUCAAGACUUGGGGACGGCUGGCAGCUGCCUUCGUCGCUUUAGUACCAUGCCUUUCAUGUUCUGCAACAUCAAUAAUGUUUGCAACUUCGCUUCAAGAAAUGACUAUUCUUACUGGCUCUCUACCCCAGAGCCCAUGCCAGUGAGCAUGCAACCCCUAAAGGGCCAGAGCAUCCAGCCAUUCAUUAGUCGAUGUGCAGUAUGUGAAGCUCCAGCUGUGGUGAUCGCAGUUCACAGUCAGACGAUCCAGAUUCCCCGUUGUCCUCAGGGAUGGGAUUCUCUGUGGAUUGGUUAUUCCUUCAUGAUGCAUACAAGUGCAGGGGCAGAAGGCUCAGGUCAAGCCCUAGCCUCUCCCGGUUCCUGCUUGGAAGAGUUUCGUUCAGCUCCCUUCAUCGAAUGUCAUGGGAGGGGUACCUGUAACUACUAUGCCAACUCCUACAGCUUUUGGCUGGCAACUGUAGAUGUGUCAGACAUGUUCAGUAAACCUCAGUCAGAAACACUGAAAGCAGGAGACUUGAGGACACGAAUUAGCAGAUGUCAAGUAUGCAUGAAGAGGACAUAACAUUUUGAAGAAUUCCUUGUGUGUUUUAAAGUGUGAUAUAUAUAUAUACAUAUAUAUAUAUAUAUAAAUAUAUAAAAUUCCUAGGAUGCAAUGUCUCAUUGUCCCCAACUUUACUACUGCUGCCGUCAAUGGUGCUACUACAUAUGAUCAAGAUAACAUGCUGACUAGUAACCAUGAAGAUUCAGAUGUACCUCAGCAAUGCAACAGAGCAAGGUCUCUAUUAUUUUUCUACUAAAGAAAUAAGAAAGUGAAUUUACUUUUUGGGUCCAGAAUGAUUUUCUCCAAGAAUUAUAAGAUGAAAAUUAUAUAUUUUGCCCAGUUACUAAAAUGAUACAUUAAAAAUUCAGUUAAGAGAAGAGUUACACUGAGUAAAAUAGAAGACUGCAGUUUGUAGGAAGAAUUAUUUUUCAUGGUGCUACUAAUCCUGCUGUAUCCCAGGUUUUUAAUAUAAAGGUGUUAAGCCUAUUUUGCUUUGUAAGUAAAGGAUGUGUAUAUUGUGAACAGCCUUUUAGCUCAAAAUGUUGAGUCAUUUACAUAUGACAUAGCAUGAAUCACCUUUUACAGAAAAUGUAGGAAACCUUAGAAUACAGACAGCAAUAUUUUAUAUUCAUGUUUAUCGAAGUGAGAGAAUUUAUAUUCCUACAUCAAGUUACUACUGAGAGUAAAUUUAUUUUGAGUUUUAUCCCCUAAGUUCUGUUUUAAUUUUUUUAAAAAACAAACCCUUUUAGUCACUUUAAUCAGAAUUUUAAAUGUUCAUGUUACAUACCAAAUUAUAAUAUCUAAUGGAGGAAUUUGUCUUUUGCUAUAUUCUCCAAGAUUAUCUCUUAAGACCAUAUGCCCCCUGUUUUAAUGUUUCUUACAUCUUGUUUUUACUCAUUUCUGACUGGACAAAGUUCUUCCAAACAAUUCUGAGAAACAAAGCACACACACAGAAUUAACAAUUCUCUUCCCUGUGCUGCUUAUGUAAGAAUCUUCCUGUGGUCUCUGCUUGUACAAAACUGGGAAACAACACUUGGUUAGUCUCUUUUAAGUUACAAAAAGCCAAUUGAUGUUUCUUAUUCUUUUUAAAUUUUAAAUACUUUAUUAUAAAUAUUCACAGGAUACCUUAUUUCCCUAGCUGUCGUCUUCUCACUUAAUGUUUUUUAAAUCCACCAAUAUAAAUUUAAUUAAAGAUAUAUGUUGUAAGGAU